AAAUAUGUACUAUACAUUCGUCUACGUCCUUAGAUAUAUAGAUAAGUAGCAAAGUAAUGGUAAGUACACGUACGAACGCGCAUGAAAAAGGAACGCGAAGUUUUGAUAUUGGAUCAUAUUGGAUGAAGCGAAGAUAGAGAUAUUCUUCCGACUGUUGUCAACGAGAGAGAUGACUGAAGCAACGAUGUCGAUACGAAAUUAUCAGAUAACGAUCGUCGCGAGCAACGGAAUCAUCGAAAUUAAUCCCGACGUACAUUAAGACAUGUUUACUACCGAUCGGCUGUUCAUCGUGGCUAACGUUUCCCUUUAAUCAUGACGAGUACCAGGCAGAGUCCGAAGAAAGUGACAUUGGCGAUGAUAAGAGGUAAACCUAUUACAACGUCGGUUCCUGUGAUUCACUAUCAUGCCAGCGACGACGAGUUGGAGGAAAUAUAUCCGAGCACGGAUGAGGAGAAGCGAUCGUCGCCCGACCUGGACAAAGCCUCGUCUAAGAUAACGUUCUCACCGUCGAAGAACACCCACGAAUCAGACGUGUCCGACAAUGCUGCGUGUAAGUCGGCGGUACGAAGCGUUAGUACAGAGAAUAUCGUAUUAGAAGGUACACCACCGUCGUUAGAUCCAUGGAAAGUAUUUUCUGACAUUAAAGGAAAGAUAACGAAGACAUUCGAGGAGAAAUUGUCCGAGAUAAAAAACGAUAAGAGAAAGCGACAUAAUUCCAGAGCUGAAAGUUCGAGUAUAAGUGAUUCAGAGGAUCAGGGAUGCGUUACGCCUAGCAAUGAGAAGGCGGACGAUAAACAGUUGAACGAAUCAACGACGACAACGACUGUCCAUCGAAGGGGAUAUCCUGCGAGAUACGUGGGUUUCUCUGGGGUAAAGACUGGAUUGAAGGACAAGAGCAGCCUGCAGGAUGAGUCCGUGGAGAGCGGCGUCGAGGCUUCGGAAUUCACUCACGAAGUCGAGAACGAUGCUGACUCUAUCGCGAAGAACGACUCGUCGACCACGGAGGCAGUUAGUAACGGUGAUCGUAUCGACCCUCCACCACGACAAGCUUUUACACGCUCGGUAGUGUUCCCGAAGCGGAUAGACUUGAAACGCAUAUUUUCCCGCUUGAUCAAACAGUUAAUUUGCCAAGCAACUUAUAAGUCGGUUGCCGUCCUCAUUGCCAUUUCUUGCGUUUAUCAGGUCGUACCGUUGUCAGAGCAUUUGCUGGGAUUUAUCGUCGGUGUCUUUGUCUCCGUUACCGUUUACGACGUACGUAGGAAACUCGAACAAAUUUUAACCACUUUGCCGGACGAGAAAUCCGAUUCCAAUCCGCCGAUACCCGUUUUAGAAAUUCCAGCGGUCGAGGAGCACGCCGUGGUCGAGAGGUUUCAGGGUUGGGUGAACGAACUUCCGUACAGUUACCAACCGAAUAAUUAUCACGUGGCUCGCACAAAGUCGGUUUAUCUCAGGCUAGAGGGAAGCGUAUUGCGCAUUAUGGAGACGAGAACGAAAGUACCGAAGAAAGCGGUCUGGGAUGAGCCGAAGCAUAAACUGAAAUUCGUUAAGAGGAGAGUUUACGAUCUGACCAGGGCGGAGAUCGAACUUCUACCCCACGGGCUGACCAGGAGACGACGGUGGAGUAAGAAGUAUCCGAUCUGCGUGACCGUCGAGAAGAAAGCCUUGACCUGCAACGUGACUCUGAAGAGUGCGACUACUGAUGGGUCCUCGGUGAGUGGUUGUCGCAACAGGACAACGUCAAGGGGAAGAGUGAAGUACAGAAGCGGAAGGGAAUGGGGGCAAGGAGAAGAUUCGCAAGACGAGGAUGAGAUCUGGCUCGUCAACACGGAUGAGGAGGAAACGAGAGAAGAGGGAGAGGAGAGAGACAUCGACGACGAGAACGAACUAUUUAAUUACGAGUCGACCAACAGUAAUAUGGACAACGAACACGUCAGAUACGAGGAAUGUAUCGUAGAAAGCGAAGAAACAGAGGAACACAUGGACGGCGAAAAAAAGAGAAACGAGAAGGAUUCCAAGGAGCAGCAGAAGGAGGACGUCGACCCGUCAAAAGAUGCGAAGAAGAUUUGUGCGUGUAUCGUUAAGAAAAAGAGGAGGAGCAAAGAGAAUUUGUACGAGAACAAGGGACUAGAUUGGGAAGAAGAAGGGAAGCAGAUUAAGAGAAGGGAAGAUGAGAGGGACAAGGGUGAACUGGAAGAGAUGAAAGAGGACGAAUCGGAAGUAAAUCUGGAGCAAGAUGAACUCGAGGAAGAGUGGGAAGAGGAAUGGGAGGAAGAUGAGGAGUAUUGCGAGGAAGAAGAGGACGAGGAAGGUGAAGACGAGGAAGGAGUCGUGAUCGACGAUGACGAUAACUGUUAUUAUGAUGAACUGGACGCAGAAACGAAGAGCGAUGAAGCGAAAGAAGUGGAGAAGGAAAAAGUGCGAUCGUCAAAGCGAGGAAAGAAGCGGAGGAGAGUAAAGGAGAUGUUGAAAAAUACUUUUAAGAAGUGCAACGAUGAACGGAUGAACGAAUUGAAAUUAUUCAUUUUCGCCAGGACCGAUCGCGAGAAAGAAGAUUGGUACAGGCGUCUAGUCUCGGCCGCGUCUCGCUCCAUUAAAAAACACGAUUCGUCGUUUGCGAUAGACUCUUCGCUCCACGCGUCUAACAAUCAAUCGGCGCAGCAGAAGACCGCGAACGCGGAGUCGAAGAGCUCUUUCUCAGCUGGCAACUCGCACGAGAACGUACCUGAGCUUAGUUACAACGCUUACAUGGCAAAAUACUUGGAGAACGGUUCGCCUUCGUCGGACGGUGCACUUUCUACAUCUGUCGAGGGCACCCUUUGGGUAAAUUGUUUACUAGCACGCAUACUGUUUGACCUACGGAACUGUCCGGAAACUAUAAGUGUUAUACAGGAUAAGAUACAACGCAAAUUGUCGAGCAUAAAACUACCGUAUUUCAUGGAGUGCCUUCUGGUAUCGGAGAUAGUGAUAGGUCAGGGAGCUCCUGUAAUUCGUAACGUAACGAAGCCGAUGACCAAUGAGAGAGGUCUCUGGCUCGACUUGGAUCUGGUGUACAAGGGUUCUUUGGCCAUGACCGUCGAAACAAAAUUGAAUCUAAUGAAAUUAACGAGGACCGGUUCGGUUGCUGGUAACGCGAACGAGAUCGUCUCUACGGACAAACAAGAAUUAAUAACAAGAUCACCGAUUUUCGACAGCGAUCUAGAGGAUACCCCGGAAACAUCUACGGAGGACGAUUGCGAUACUUCCAGAACCCAGGCGUAUAACACGGCCAAAGACGCAACGCCCGCGCAAUCAUCGGGGAAGAAGUUUCUCAGUAUGGUAGAUAAAAUAGCAGCAAAUAAAUAUUUUCAACAUGCAACCGAGCUGUCGUACGUUCGAAGGGCCAUAGAAGGCGUGUCGAAUACAGAGAUCCGACUAAUGGUCACCGUCUCGAGCAUCGAGGGUCGUUUAUCGAUAAAUAUUCCGCCGGCACCGUCCGAUCGUUUGUGGUACGGGUUCAAACCCGUGCCGAAAGUGAAUCUCACGGUGAAACCCGCGGUCGGUGAGAGGACGGUGAACAUCGUUUACGUGACUAAGUGGAUAGAAGCUAAGUUGCUCAGGGAAUUUGAGAAACUGGUCGUUUUACCAAAUAUGGACGAUCUCAUUGUGCCGCUGUGUCCUAAUUAUCCAUAUAUGGCGACACGGUAGUCGCAUAACGGAAUAAAGAUGUUCCACUGGUUACUGCGUUAUCGCGUUGCUUGCAAUCCGUCGACGAAUAAAAUAUCGUUUUACGCGCUCUCUCUCUCUCUCUCAUCGGAUUCAUAAUAUGAAAUUCAUUCCGUGAAAUGUUCGAUGGAACGAAAACAUACGCAUAGCUCAGCUUCUAGCUUGAGAAUCCAUCGAAGAACGAAUAGAGAGACAGGUUAAAAGAACACCUAUUGCUUUGAAAGCCGACAAACGAUUCGCGUUUCUUAAUCACUGUUCGAUGUCUUAAUAAUUUCGAUCGCUGUUCAGUGGAAUUCAUUAAUAUUUGAGUAUCUCUCAGCGCGAUUAUCGAUAAUUUUCUUGGGACCAUGCAUCGUGUCGUGCACUCGUUUCAUUUAGAAAGACUGCAACGGAAAGAGAAAAUCGCUAGUCGUUAUGUUUUGAUCGAACUGUUUGUGAUACUAAUCAUUUCGUAAACAAACUCAACGAUAUUGACUAUAACUUGGACGAUGUUUUUUAACGAUAUAACGUCGUUUAUUUAUUAUUUAUACAUACAUAUAUAUAUUAUUAUUAUUACUAUUAUCUGAACUGUUUGAACACGUGCGCUUUCAAUCAUCCGUCGCAUAUUAUAAUAAUUAUUAUCGUGCGUGUACGUGUAUAUACAUACACAUGUGUACACCACGAUGAUGUGUAAUCUAUAAUGCAAGCGAACUGAUAUAAAACGAAAUUUUAAUCUUGUGUCCGAGUACGAGUUUGAUAUAGACGCAUGAUACGUUCGCAUUUCUAUGUCGUUUAAUUUCGUUUCGAACGAAGAGGUGGGGAAAAUCCGGGCUCGAUCAAUUACCUUGUCGAUAAGAUAAGAUGAGUAUUGCAGGGAAACUCGUGUAAAAAUGGUUAAGGACAUAUGUACACGUAUGACAUAGAUAUCGUAAUCGUCAAUGAUGUUACUGAAAAAUGGUGUAUUUGUUGCGAUAAAAUUUCUACAAAACAGUA